AUGAAGCAUGUUGACAUGAAGCGUAUUUACAUGAAGCGUUUUUACAUGAAGCGCAUUUACAUGAAGCGUGUUGACAUGAAGCGUAUUUACAUGAAGCGUUUUUACAUGAAGCGUAUUUACAUGAAGCGUGUUGACAUGAAGCGUGUUAACAUGACGCGUGUUUACAUGAAGCGUGUUUACAUGAAGCGUGUUAACAUGAAGCGUGUUUACAUGAAGCGUGUUAACAUGAAGUCUGUUAACAUGAAGCGUGUUAACAUGAAGCGUGUUUACAUGAAGCGUGUUAACAUGAAGUCUGUUAACAUGAAGCGUGUUAACAUGAAGCGUGUUUACAUGAAGCGUGUUUACAUGAAGCGUGUUAACAUGAAGCGUGUUUACAUGAAGCGUGUUAACAUGAAGUCUGUUAACAUGAAGCGUGUUAACAUGAAGCGUGUUGACAUGAAGCGUGUUGACAUGAAGCGUGUUUACAUGACGCGUGUUAACAUGAAGCGUGUUUACAUGAAGCGUGUUUACAUGAAGCGUGUUAACACGAAGCGUGUUAACAUGAAGCGUGUUUACAUGAAGCGUGUUAACAUGACGCGUGUUAACAUGAAGCGUGUUUACAUGAAGCGUGUUAACAUGAAGCGUGUUAACAUGAAGCGUGUUAACAUGAAGCGUGUUUACAUGAAGUCUGUUAACAUGAAGUCUGUUACAUGA